AUGAGGCGCUGUGCUCUUGCAGUACUGUGCGUGUUUUUCCAGCAGAGCCGCACUCGCAUGUUCACGCUCGCUGGCAGUGCGUCCUCGCUCUCGCGUUUCAAGCAGGCUUCGGACGAUGCAGUGACGGCGGGCAGCAUAGUGGCGUCAGAAGCAGACAGGCGCAAGCUAGCGCGCCUCUCCAUGCCCAACAACUGCCGCAGCCCCGUGUUCCGCAAGCUCUUCCCGGACCUGGUUGACAGCUACACGGCAUCGCUGGCAUCGGCAGCAGAGGCAGCAGAGGGGGCAGAUUCCGCCAGCAGAGCACAAGGGGAUGGCGCAGAGGGGAGGGGGAAGGGUGCAGGGAAGGGCAGGCGGGUGGUGGAAGCUGCUGCUGCAGUGGUGGGGAGUCGGGAAGGGAAGGGCAGUGAAGGGGGGAGGGAGCUGAGGGUAGGAGGUCAGGGAGGGGCAGAGAGAAAAGAGGGGGGCGUGCGGAGGGUGGUUAGAACAGGAGGGAAGACGGGUGUUGCUGGUGCGUUUGGUGCAGGGAAGACAGCAGAGGCAGGUGCAGCAGGGUCAGGCAGUGCGAGUGGGAAGCAGCAGCCGGGCCUGUCAAGCUUGUCGUUUUGGGUCACUGCUGCCGUUGUGCUGCUGUGUGGGUGUGUCAUGGCGGUGCCGUUCCUUGAUUCCUUGUCCUCCUCUCUGCUUCGGUUAUCUUGA